AUGGCUGCAGCCACCAAGGCGAACUCAGGAACUUUCAAGCCAACGGGGCUGGGCAAAAUAAUGAGCAUGAGAAACAAUUUUGUCGAGCCGUUGCCUGAAACAAGCGUAGGAAAUAUUUACCAGAUUCUGGAAUUUCCGACAAGCGACGAAAGUGAAGUGACGCCAGAUGCGGUGAUUGGUGAACUCCGGAAAAGAAAGACGGAAGUCCGGCGUAUAACAAAUAUAGAAAGGAUGAUGGAAAUGAUUGCAGAGAUGUAUUCAGAAACUGGUAUGUUGGAAAGGUUAAAUAAACUUGAUGGGCAUUACUUAUAUUCUUUCUUGAAUAAGUUUCCUGCAUAUGGGAUUGAUUUCGGGUGGGGGACGUCCAUGAAAGUAACCAUUGCCGGAACUCAAAAGAAUUUGACGAUGUUUAUGGCAAGUCCCAAUGGGGAGGGCAUCGAAGCGCUUGUGUCUUUGGAAAGACGAGACAUGGACAUACUUCAAAAUGAUCCUCUCUUGUUGGCCUUUUGCUGUUACAAAAUAAUUUGA